AACUGGAUCAUGAGAACCGGAGAAAACAGAGGAAGAGGGACAGCAAAUCCUAAACGUGACGAACUUCAAAGGUGCAGACAUGCACAGUACCUAAGCAAGCUUCCAAGAAGGCAGAGCCGAAAAUGACCUCAAAACCGCUUGACCUCACACUAAAAUCAGAACCCAAAUAAGCCCAGAAUCCGCCAUACCAUUUUAGAUCUUCUCUUCCCUUUUAUUUUGCUUGUUCGUAGUUCCAACUACUUCAAAACAAUAACAACCUAUUCUGAUUCCUGUUUCCGUCUGUCACUUCCCUUUCUAGAUUUGCUUCACCAUCAUGUUUCAUACAUUUCCACGUCCAAUUUAAGAAAAUGUUGAGGUUUUUAGGCCAUUAUGCUAGGGAAAUGCACAACGCCCUUAAAUCCUCCUUUUGUUCUUGGCAAGGGAGGUUUUCUUCCCUGUGAAAUUUGUACUUUUCAAAAAAAAGAUUGGUGUGGACCAUGAUAGUUGGUAUUGGAGCACAAUUUGAGGGACAGUGGACCUUGAAUCUCACAUCGGUUGUCUAGUUACACAACUGAAGGAUAGUGAACCUUGAAUCCAACAUCGGUUGUUUACUUACAACUGAACGAUAGUGUGACCGUGAAUCCCGUAUCGGUUGUGUACUUACAACCAAAGGAUAGUGGACCAUGAAUCCCACAUUGGUUGUGUACUUACAACUGAAGCAGGUUAGUGUGGACUGUGCCACAUAACCUUCUCAUGUGUAUACUCAAAUGCCAAACUUAUAUAGUUGAGUAAUUAUCAAAUCAAUACUUUGCAGAUUGGAGGUGGGGAGCUAUGUCAGUAGCAACCAUUGAGAGCAUGGCAUCCUUGAGUAGUGAUCUUUUCUACGACAUAUUGAGGCGUCUUGAUGGCCCAACUUUGGCCACUGCAGCAUGUGCAUGUGCGACAUUUUGUUCAAUCUCAAGAGAGGAGAGACUAUGGGAAAAUGUUUGUUCUACUAUGUGGCCUUCAACGAACAGAGAAGAUGUUAAAAGUUUGAUUUCUUCGAUUGGUGGAUUCAGAAAGUUCUAUGCAGAUUGUUUCCCGCUUAUCGUUAAUAAGGAAGUAACAGAGUAUCAGUGGAAUGACUAUCUUGAGUACCCUGAAGAAUGGACUGAAGCUGAAUAUUAUGGUGACACCGAUGGGGUUGAAAGUAUUUCACCAUUAGAUUUUGUUUCUAUUGUAGAUAUCAGGUAUAAAGAUAAAACAAUCUGUUCAAAAGUCCUGUGGGGUAUUCCUAAUGCAAAUGGAUCCAAUAGUUGGUUUUACAACUGCCCAUUUCGGAUUGAUCUUCUUACAUAUGCUGCUAGAGAUGAUGAUAAUGAAGGUGAGGUUACCCUUUCAGUUUCUGAUGGUCUGCCACCAAUUAUCUCUAUGGAAAAGGAACGGAAAGAUGGGAAACUGUGGAAGGAGCUCCGAGAUGGCCUCCGCCUUAGUUGGAUUGUUGUAAACAGAAAAGUUAAGCAAGCUGCUAAUCUUGCCAGCUGGAGCCCUCUUGGUGGACAGAGGCAUUGGCCCACGGACAAGGAUUUUGUGAUAAGGUUUGGGUCUGUUCUUCCUGCCAAGGACAUCCUUCCAUGUCAAGUAGUAGAGUGCAUUCUUAUCAUGAAGUUCAGAGUCAUCCACACACAGGGCGAAGGUAUAGAGACAACUCUCAAAUUGACAGAGCUGAGCAUGCAGUUGGAAGAUAUGGAAGGUGCACAUGUUAAUGGAAGAAACAGUUUGCUUAUUCUGAAGGAAGCUCUGAGCUGCCACCGGAGCAAAAAUUACAGUGAAGUUCUUGAGUCCUGUCAUUUGUACUCAAAAGUACAGAGUGAGUUAAAAGAGGAGAAAAUAAGGAAUGAAAGCAGGUUAGACAGACUUUGUAUCUUGAGCGGCAUUGCUGCUUUCAUCACUUUUUGGUAUUACAUUUUGUAAAUGUAGGUGCUGCUUUCAUUUAACACUUUUACUGAAGAUAUUUUAACAAACUCUCAGCCUUUUUCUUCUGAUGUAAAGAUUCAAUUUUGCUUCAAGUAAUAAAAAGGUUUCCAUCU